AUGGCAAUGGUGUUGGAUGCGUUUGCAUCCUUUGUCGGGGACUACCUCAAGCAGGUGGUAGAAGAUGAAGUCAGUACGAUGCUAGGCGUCUCGGGCGAGAUCGACAAGUUAAGCGACAAGCUUGGGGACCUCAAGAACUUCCUCGCCGACGCCGACAGGAGGAACAUCACUGGCGAGACUGUCAAAGCUUGGGUGGGGCAGCUCAAGCGUGCCAUGUACGAAGCUGCCGAUAUCCUCGACCUCUGCCAACCCAAGGCCAUGGAGCGUGGACCAUCCUCCGCAGAUGCAGAGUGUUGCAAUCCCUUGCUCUUCUGCAUGCGGAAUCCCUUCCAUGCUCAUGAGAUCGGCACUCGCAUCAAAAAGCUCAACCAAAGGCUCGACUCCAUCAAGGAGCGGAGCAUUGCUUUCAACUUCAUCAAUCUCGGGUCCUAUGAGGAUCAUUACAGCAAUGCCCAUGCCUCUCGCCACGGUAAUCCAAGCCGGGAGACAGUAGGGGACUUCGACCGGUCGGCUGUGGUUGGGGACAAGAUUGAUGAAGAUACAAGAGCACUGGUGGCCCAGAUCAUGCAGACAGGAAAAGAGGUGAGCAAUGACAUCAUGGUGGUCGCCAUCGUAGGUGUCGGUGGGGUUGGCAAGACCACCCUCGCCCAGAAGACCUUUCUAGUAAUGGAUGACGUGUGGAACCAUGGAGCAUGGGAUAACGUGCUGAAAAUACCCUUAGGCAAUGCUGCCGCUUCAGGCAGCCGAGUUCUCGUCACUACUAGAGAUGAAGGUGUUGCCCGAGGGGUGAAAGCUAUAUGGCCGUACCAUCAUGUCGACACAUUAGCGCCCAACGAUGCUUGGUUAUUGCUCAAGAAGCAGGUACUCUCAAGUGAGAUAGAUGAAGACCACAUAAAUAAGCUACAGGAUAUUGGAUUGAAAAUUAUACAAAAAUGUGGUUAUUUACCACUUGCCGUCAAAGUAAUGAGAGGACUCUUGCGUGAAAGAGGGGUGCUACGUCGUGACUGGCAGCAUGUUUUGGAUGAUUCUAAAUGGUCGACAACUAAAAUGCCCGAAGAGCUCAACUAUGCAGUAUACUUAAGCUAUGAAUAUAUGCCUUCUGACCUGAAGCAGUGCUUUUUAUAUUACUCUCUUCUUCCUAAAAGUAAAGAUUUUAAUAUGAAUCAAGUGGUUGCGAUGUGGAUGAGUGAAGGAUUUAUUCAUGGAAACUCUAGUGAUUUGGAAGAAUUGGGAAGAAAUUACUACAGAGACUUGGUAUCUAGGAACUUUAUAGAGCCAGAUAACUCGUAUAUUGAUCUAUGGGUUUGCAGCAUGCAUGAUGUUGUUCGCUCCUUUGCUCAGUAUAUGAUUAAAGAUGAAGCACUCAUAGCUCACGAAGGAGACCUUGAUAUUCUAACUAAACUUCAUUCACAAAAGUUUCUUCGGUUGUGUAUAGAAACCAACCAACUGCAAACAGGUGACCUGGACUGGAUAUCUCUACAGGGGCAACAAUCAGUGAGAACAUUAAUCUCAACUAUUCAGUUAAAGAUGAAGCCUGGUGAUUCAUUGGUUAAUUUUUCUAGUCUGCGGAUUCUACAUAUAGAAUUUGCUGAUGUGGCUGCAUUGGUUGAAUCGUUGCAUCAACUCAAGCACCUGAGGUAUUUGACACUUGUAAAUACUGAUAUAUCAGUUCUUCCACGGAACAUUGGCAAGAUGAAACUGUUGCAAUUCCUUAACCUUGCUGGAUGCAAAAAUUUGGUGAAUCUUCCUGAUAGCAUCGUGAAGCUUGGCCAACUGAGGUUCCUUGUUCUUCCCAACAUUUGUAUAAUACCUAGAGGGUUCAGAGGUCUGAAAAAUAUGAGGAGACUACUUGGGUUUCGAGCCCACAUAGAUUGUGAUUGGUGUAGUUUGGAUGAGUUGGGGCCUCUUUCUGAACUCAGAUUUCUUGAAUUAGUGCAAUUGGAGAAUGUAUCUUCUGCUUCGUUUGCUGCUAAUGCUAGACUCGGUGAGAAAAUGCAUCUUACCAACCUAGUCUUGAACUGCACCAGCAAAUUGGGAUAUGAUGGGAUGUUCAAAGAGAAAGAAGGUGUCUCAGAGGAAGAACAACGAGUCAAGAAUGUGUUUUAUGAGCUCUGCCCUCCGUCUAGUGUAGAAAAUCUUGUUAUCCAUGGGUAUUUGGGCCAUCAACUUCCAAGUUGGAUGAUGUCCAUGUUAACGGUGGUGCCCCUCAACAACUUGAAGAUUCUAUCAUUUAUUGAUCUGGCAUGUUGCAAACAACUUCCUAAUGCCUUGUGUCAGCUCCCCUACCUCCAGGUUCUUCAGGUCAACCGCGCUCCAUGCAUCAACUACCUGGAGAAUUUUCCUUCUGUUGUUGAGCUUGAAGUGUUUGGAAGCCCCAAUCUAGAGAGGAUCAAUAAUUUCACCAAACUGCAGAAGCUUACCAUCAGGAAUUGCCCAAAGUUGAAGGUGCUGGAGUGUAUCCCUACACUAGAGAGGUUGGUCCUGGAGGAUUACGUCAUGGAAAAUCUCCCAGAAUACAUGCGAGAUAUAAAGCCAAGGCAUUUGCGGAUACUCUGCAGGAUAUGGUUUCUAUCUUCAUUAGCCGAGGGACAAUCUGGUCCUGAGUGGGACAAGUUCAGCCAUGUGGAGCAUGUCGAGGCAUAUGCACGUGAAGAAAUCAAAAAAUGGUACGUUCUAUACACGAGAAGAGACAACUACAAGCUGGAUUCCAAUAUUAGCAGCUCUGCCAUACUUGAAGGUCUUUCUUUUAGUGAGGUUGGUAGUAGCCGUACAAGCAACAACAAGGUUGUUUGCUGUCACUUCUCUACAGAUGGGAAGUUGCUUGCUAGCGCCGGUCAUGAAAAAAAGGUCUUCCUCUGGAAUAUGGACAAUUUUAACAUGGAUACUAAACCAGAAGAACAUACAAAUUUUAUAACGGACAUAAGAUUCAGACCGAAUUCAACUCAGUUCGCUACAUCAUCUUCUGAUGGAACUGUUCGACUAUGGAACGCGGUUGAAGGAACCGGCGCUAUUACAAACUUUUCAUGGGCAUACCUCCCACGUAACAUCAGUAGAUUUCCACCCGAAACUAACAAAGAUUCUAUGCUCUUGUGAUGACAAGGGAGAACUCCGGUUCUGGACAGUUGGCCAAAGUGCAGCUUCACGCGUCUCUAGGGUUGAUCCCUAGCGCCUCAUCUUGUC